UAAGGUACAUAUAUUUGAAGUAUGAGGUUGAUCCCUUAAGAAAUAAAGAAGUAACAGUAAAAAAUAGUAUUUUUAAGGAAAAAAUUCUAAGUUCAAGGGGAGAUAAAUCUGAAAAAUAUUGGUGCUAGAGUUAUGAACCUUGUCACAUAAGAUGUGGUUGAUGAUAAGGACAUAUAUUUGAAGUUUGAAGUUGAUACCUUAAGAAAUGUUAAGAAAGUUAUAGUGAAAAAUAUUUUACUGCACCAAAACUUUAAUCUGAAAUCUGGACGCGGACGCCGACACCGGGGCGAGUAGGACAGCUCUCCAUAUACUUCGUAUAGUCGAGCUAAAAACAACCUUUUAUAUUCAAGAGCCAUCACUCGGCCAAACAUUAUUCAAAAAUCCGUGUUAUAUGCACAAGUACUUGAGCUACAGAUCAAUCCUGUAAAGUUUCAUCGAAAUUGCAUUAGUGGUAUAAGAAGACUAGUCUGGACAAACUUAAAAUAAUAAUAUAAGAGCCAUAACUCUGACAAAAAUCAUUGAACCAAAAUAUGUCGAAGAUAUGCACAACUAAACUUGGUACUGAUUAUUCAUGUAAAGUUUUGAUGAAAUUGUUUCUGAGGAGUAGUCCAUAAAAGUUUUGUGACGGACAGAUGGACUUGCUCAAAGUUUGGUAUCCAAGUGGUUACUAAUUUAUUCGCUAUUUUGUUCGUUUAGCCACAUAAAAAAUGGCCACAUAAGAGCUUACUGAAUGAAAAGCAUCAAAGGAAAUUUACAGUUACCAAUUGUUCCCAUAGCCCCCUAAAUAUCUAUACAUGUAUAUGUUUGUACAGACAGACUGAGAGACAAACGACGGAGAAGUGAUCUCUAUAUGUUGCCACUUGUCUGUUGAGGCGACACAAAAAUUAUACUUUUGUGCUAUUCUUAGCUCAAUUUGAGUUAAAAGCGUAGUAACUUAGUUACAGUUUUGUGUCACUUUUCACAAUAAUAAUAACUUUUCUGGAAAAACAAACUGAGCCAAUGAUCUGAUUUUUAUAACAAAAGUUAAUGGGCUAGACCUACAUCAAAUGGAACAUUAAUCUUGAAAAAAAAAUUCAAUCCGGUAUGACAAAAAACUCAGUGGAGUCCCUUUUACAUACAAGAAGCAUACAUGAAGCAUGAACUUAGUAUAGUUUAUCUUUAUCUUAUCUUGUCCUUAUAUCUUGUCAGUCAGUUAAUUUCAACAAACGAAGAUAAUGUCAGUCAGUUUUCUUCAACAAAGGGAGACAACAAAUGUCAGAUAUGAAAUAACUGCUCAACAGAGUUACCUUCUUAAGAUUAAAAGAGAAAGAGGAAGUUAAAAAUAAAUCCAGAAAAACCAAAUUACUCUUAUUGUAAACUUCUAAAAUAAUUUGUUUUUCUUUAAAAUACUGAACAUCUAGUGACUUCAUGAUCUUAAAUCUGCUGCAGAUAUAAGCAAAAAGAAUGUAUCAAGUACCAAAUUACACUCAGACUGUGUCAAUGAAAUUAUCAGAGGUUCUGGCUGAUAUAGGUAUUGAUGAGAGAAUUAUACUGAAGACGAGAAGAACAUGGCUUCUGAGAGAAUCACUAUGGAGCAUAAAUCACCAACUACUUGAUGAGAAUGGUAUGUUAACACACAUUUUUGGGAGUCAAUCAGAAGGUACAACUACAUUAGAAAUGCAAUCAGACAUAGAUCAACUUUUAUACAGUAAAAUAUCUACUGUGAUACAAGACUGGAGUGACUGGAUACCUGGUGUACGUAAUCUCUUGAUGAUUCAAGAUAAUUCUGUAUCUCCUGGGUAUUGUUUACUUCAUUGUCUGAGAAAUGAUGUACCUCUUUCUGCUAAUGAUGAUACUUAUCAAUUCGUCUUCAAAGACAGAACAGGAAAAUUGUUUUUAAAGAAUUCUUUAGCAUCUUUUAUCUUUAAUGCCUGUGAAAUACAUGGGCCAGCAAAUGUAGAUCAAGGACAACCAGGCUACUGUGAUAGAGAUGAAGUGUUUGCUCUACAUUGUACCACAUGGCCGCAACAAGCUAGACAAUGGUUGGAUCAACAAGAUGAAGGUCAAUGGCCAUCUGCUGAAAUGAAACAAUAUUGCAGCAGAAGUGGAUGCUUUGUUGUUGGUGUUGGAUGUAGAGGCAGUAAACAUGAGCAACUUGAAUGGAGAAUAUCAACAUCUUUAGCAGAAAGGUGUUUAAUGUUCAACCUGAAUAUUACACAGAUUCGCUGUUAUGUCCUAAUGAAAAUGAUUUUAAAAACAUAUAUUACUCCAUUCUUUCAAGAUGUGAUAUCCAGUUACAUGUGUAAAACUGUAGUCUUCCACUGUAUUGCUAAUACACAUUCUAACAUCUGGAGAAAAAAUAACUUCCUUCCUUGUCUAACACAGUGUUUAUAUCUCCUUUACACCAAUAUCAUUAAUGAAAAUUGUCCACAUUUUAUCAUACCUGGGAACAAUUUAAUGAGGGGAAAAAUUUCACCUGCAGUCAAACCAUAUAUCCUGGAAAUACUCAACAAUAUUAUCAACAGUAAAGGACUGGCACUACUUGGGAUUAAAUGUGAUUCUCUAGGUUCCAGGCUUCAUGCCAAGUUUAAUAAUUUAUGUCCAAUCAAGACAAGUGACUUUAUUUCAGGAGAUCUAUUAUUUAAUCUGGCUGCCGAAAUAUCUGACACACUAAUAAAUACUUUUAAUCUUCUCAAGGACAGUAGUCCUUAUGAGGCUGUAGAAAAAUUAAAGAACUAUAUAUCAAAAGCACUCUACAUUCAAUAUGAAGGAUUGGAUAAGACAGCCAAUCUUCUUCUGUUACCAUGGUAUUGUACAUCACUUGGAUCUGUCCUGGCUUCAUGCAACAUCUGUCAGUACAACACUGUAUCAGCCGAUGCCCUCAAACUCAUCUCACUUGGUCUGUAUACAGAUGUUGCAUCAAGUAAACUUAAACUAGCUUCAAUCUUAUACUGCGUUCAAAAAAUACAAAAAGCUGACCUAGUACUCAGUGAAAUUGAAAGUAGAUAUGAUCUUAAAAUUGUUGAGCCUAUCUGUAGUUGUCAUCGAUUUAAGAAGGAAUUAUUUAGACAAGACUUUUUCCAAUUAUGUGACAAUUAUAAUGAAGAAGCCUUACAGUAUACAACAGCAUCAUGUGUAAGAUUUCUGCAGUGUGAAAUUCACUGUGUACCAACUGAACUCAGAUAUGAAUUUUGUAGAUCUACAGAAGAGGACAGAAUGUUUCGUACAGAAGACGAUGAAUGGAUGGAUUGUGCCGUAGUGGAUUCCCUCUCUUUCCUCUACUUUCUACAAUACAAAGUUUACAGCCAUUUAGGGAGACAUGAUCAGAAACAAGCUGCGCUCUUAAAACUUAUCAGGACCAUAAAAGGAGAACCAAACCUUGGACAUCGGGAAACAGCUCUAAAUAUUCUUGGAAAGUGCAUGGAACAAGAAGGUAGGGCUGGAGACGCUUUACAGUGUUAUUCUAUGUCACUUAAUGUAAGGAGGAAAAACAAUGCUGCAAAGGUUCAUAUGAGUUUACUACUAUCUGUACUGAUAAAUGCAAGGACAUAAAAGUUAUGAUAAAAAUGUGGAAAUGACAAAAGCAGGACAGUAAAAGAAAGUUGGAAUAACUACAAGCUAGAAAGGACAGCAACAUUUAUACUAUUUGAAUAUAAUAUUCUUUUUGAAAUAUGAUGUUGAAAAAAGUAACCAUUUAAAACUGUAACCAAAGUGUUAUGCCAACUCCAGGGUGAGAAGAAUUAUGAACACCAUUCUUUAUUUGAAUAUUCAUUUUGAAUAUUCAUAUAGUAUAGUAAGAACCGAUGUGAUUUGAAGUACAUGCCAUACAAAAAGUUCUUUUACCUAUUCUAAGCACGGUCUUAACCUUUUACCCCAUGAGCAUUUUGUGAAAAAUGGCCGCUUUCAUUGAGAAGCCUCCUGUUACAAGUUCAAACUGCUAUGAAACUAUGAAAAAAGGUUCAAAACUGAUGAAACCUGGCACAACUGUUGACUACACCAUAGCCUCUGUAAGAGCAUGCUCAAUCGUAAAUUUCCUGUUACCAUGACAACGGGGGAUGUCUCAACAUUGCCAAAAAUCACUAUUUUGCAUUGUUUUUCCCCCCAUCAAAACUGAUUUCAAAGUGCUGAAACUUCUCAAUGAAUUGAGAUAUAGUAAAAGGCUUUUCAGUGUCGGUUACUAGUUACCCUAACAUCAACCUGAGGACAUUUUUAGCCUGUCAAAUGUCCAAAAUUUCCUCCUUGGCUAUGAGGGGGACUACUUUCUAAGGUUUACUAUAUAACAUAUAAGGAAAAUCAAUGACCCACACUCCCACCCCGGGCAGGGCCAAUUUUGACCCUAGGGCUCUUAUUUUUACAAACUUGGUAGACGUUCACUAGAAAAUGUUUCCUGCCAAAUAUCUAAACUUUAGCUAAUUGGUUUUUAGGUUUUUUUUUAUUUAAAGUUUUUUCUUUCAGUUGCCAUGGUUUGCUUUUUUAUGGAAUUAAAUUGUUUGAGCAAUUUUAAAAGGUGACCACCAAACGAACAUUCCUGUGGAGUUUGGAUGAAAUUGGCUAAGCAGUUUAUAUGAUGAUUUUGCUUAAAGUUAAGUUUACAGAUGGACGGAUGUCGGAUAAAUUGUGAUCACAAAAGCUCACUUUGUCUGAGCAAAAAAAUGUGUAUUAAACUGUGAUAAGAAAAUUGUUGUAUAUAAUUACUGUACUGUAAAUACUUUUACUUUUCAACAAACACAUUUUUAUACUUUUUAUUCCAUGAUGUUAAUGCAUAUUAAUGAUGUGUAUUUUAUUCACUUGUGUUAAUACCCUAGAUAUAGUACAACCCCAAUGAAUAUAUUGUAGAAUUAGACGUAAAACAUAUUUUCAAGUUUAAAAUUAACUGAAUGAGAGGGUUGCUUUGAAGCUGUUGACAAGAAUUUUGAAAAUAAUGUAAAAUAGUUUAAGAAAAAUGUAUAAAACAGAAAAUAGGUUAUUUAUAAACAAUGCUCUUACAGUGUACAUGUACCUUUAACGUAAGUGGCGUUUGAAUUGA